CUCCUCGGACUCACGGUGCUAACCAUGGUCAAUAGCUCCAUAAGUUAGCUAGCACCAUCCGUUGCUCAGCUGCGGUGUGUUGCUAAUCAAACUCCGAGUUAACAUUUGUCAACUGUCACUAACUCACCGCUUUUAUACAGCGAAUGUGGAGGCCACACCGGCCUCACCACGUCCAAACUGUACCACGGACUCGGAGGAGGACACGAUGAAUGGAGGGAUGCUCACCUUUAACCAGACGCACAUGAGGAAAGCCUUCCAGCUGAUGAAUGACCUGAGAAGUAAAAAGUUGCUGUGUGACGUCCAGCUGGUGGCGGGCAGCGUUGAAGUGCCGGCUCACAGGGUCGUCCUGGCGUCGUGCAGUCCCUACUUCUGUGCCAUGUUCACAGGUGAUAUGAGCGAAAGCAAAGCUCAUCAGGUGGAGAUCAGAGAGGUGGACGGACAGACCCUCAAAAAACUCAUCGACUACAUCUACACCGCUGAGAUUGAAGUCACGGAAGACAAUGUCCAGGUUUUGCUGCCAGCAGCCAGCCUCCUCCAGCUGAUGGACGUCCGGCAGGUUUGUUGUGAGUUCUUGCAAUCACAGCUUCAUCCCACCAACUGUCUGGGUAUCAGAGCCUUCGCUGACCUGCAUACAUGCACACAACUUCUCAACCAGGCCCACGCAUACGCUGAGCAGCAUUUUGCUGAGGUGGUGCAGGGGGAGGAGUUUCUGGGUCUCUCUCUACAGCAGGUCUGCAGCCUCAUCUCCAGUGACAAACUCACAGUCUCCACUGAAGAGAAGGUGUUUGAGGCAAUGGUAUCUUGGAUAAAGCACGAUAAGCCGGCGCGUCUGGAGUACAUGCCCAAACUCAUGGAACAUGUCAGACUUCCACUGUUGUCCAGGGAUUAUCUAGUACAGAUUGUUGAGGAAGAGGCUUUGAUAAAGAACAACAACACCUGUAAAGAUUUUCUCAUCGAAGCAAUGAAGUAUCACCUGCUGCCCGCCGACCAGCGACACCUGAUCAAGACGGACAGGACGCGACCACGGACCCCCAUCAGCAUCCCCAAGGUGAUGAUAGUGGUGGGUGGUCAGGCUCCAAAGGCCAUUCGCAGUGUGGAGUGUUACGACUUCCAGGAGGACAGAUGGUACCAAGUGGCCGACCUGCCUUCAAGACGCUGCCGGGCAGGUGUGGUGUCGAUGGCCGGUCGGGUGUUUGCAGUCGGAGGGUUCAACAGUUCACUACGGGAACGAACGGUCGAUGUCUACGAUGGAGGACAAGACCAGUGGAGCGCCGUGGCGAGCAUGCAGGAGAGACGCAGUACUCUGGGCGCUGCAGUGUUGGGGGAUUUACUGUACGCCGUGGGGGGCUUCAAUGGAAGUAUAGGUUUGUCGACAGUUGAGGCCUACAACCAUAAAAAUAACAAGUGGCUUUAUGUGUCCUCUAUGAACACCCGACGCAGCAGUGUCGGCGUUGGAGUGGUUGAUGGUAAACUGUACGCAGUUGGAGGUUACGAUGGUGCAUCCCGGCAGUGUCUCAGUACAGUCGAAGAAUACGACCCGGUCACGGACCAGUGGUGUUACGUAGCCGACAUGAGCACACGGCGAAGUGGAGCAGGUGUGGGAGUGCUGGGGGGCCAGCUGUACGCUGCCGGGGGACACGACGGCCCUCUGGUGAGGAAGAGCGUGGAGGUGUUUGACCCACAGACCAACACAUGGAGACUGGUCUGUGACAUGAACAUGUGUCGACGAAACGCAGGAGUCUGUGCCAUCAACGGGUUGUUGUAUGUGAUUGGAGGAGACGACGGUUCCUGUAAUCUGUCCUCAGUGGAGUUUUACAACCCCACCACAGAUAAAUGGAGCCUCAUUCCCACAAACAUGAGCAACGGACGCAGCUACGCAGGAGUCGCAGUGAUCGAUAAACCUCUAUGACCGAGGUUCUCCUCCAUCGGCCCCACGUCAACAUCCAGAGUCACUGAGACGCCGACGUCUGACGCUCUGCAGACAAACAGAGACUGAACGGACGAGACGCCGUCUGUCUCGGGCUGACGGAGUGGACCAGGACAUGGACGUGGUUUCCACAGCUCCACUCUGCUGCUCUGAUGUUCUCCAGCCUUUGUGGCUCCUGACCUUUAAGGGGAACGUCCCAGGAAAAGGCCUCGUCUCAGUGAAACCUUCUGAAAUGCCAAGCACAAAACGAAACCGUUCCCUCAGAGGACGGAUCUAACGGAAUCAGACCGAACGGCCCAGAGGCGGCGCUCGGCUGCCUCGGACCAGACGGGAACAUUUUUUUCAUCAGCUGACUGGUUCCCAGAGCGGCCGCCGUCAGGAUGUUCACAGUGUUGCUGCAAUAACGGUGAUUUUGCAACACUUGCCUGUGAUUGGCUGUUUCUGUUUUCCAAAUUCCUGGAAACCCAGCAGUGCCACGGGAGCCUUUUUUUUUUUUUUUUUUUAAAUAAUGAGACUUGCCACAGCUUCCAGAAUAGAAUCAUCCUCUGGCAUCUACGCAGCGGGUCGGAGCCAAGUCGUCUGAGUCUGAGGUGGCAGCUUCACAGAGGAUCUAUUCUCCAUCUGGACCUGAAGAGGAUUCACAGAAUGUACAAAGCCUCUUCUAUGCAAAUGAUUCUAUUUAAUGUUUGAGACGGUUCUGAAGAGGCUGCGCUCCACCGGCCCAGUGUCGGACCCAGGCCGGUGGACUCUGUUAUGAACACACUACUGAUGCACUGAACACUUGCACUGACUGAUCCAGAUGCAGACCCGGUCCCUGCUGGUCUCUGUCGGCCAGAAAAACCGGAUCCCAGACCUGCUGUCAGACAGACGGCCCAUCGGCUGUCGGUCCUACUGAUCACACCCACGGCUGCGUUUACAUGCACAGAAUUAUCCGACUUUUACACUUAAUCUGAAAAAGACAGUAUUCAAAUGGAAAUGAAUAUUCUACUGAUUCCUGUUUGGAGGAUUCUCAUGAAUAUUGUACAAGAUAAAGCAAAAAAACACAUCAAUUCUAUCCAAUUUCACUCUUAAAUUCUCAUCAUUGUGCACAUUUUUAAAGUAUUUUCAUACAUAAUUACACAUAUAGGAUGAAAAUAAAUGGAUUUAUGGCACAUUUUUAAUUAGAAAUGUGCAAAACAACUCAAAUAUUUUUGAUAAUGAUAGUGUCACCAUAACAUUUUAAUGUAGAUAUUGAUCUAAUCUUCAAAGCAUUAAAUUGUUAAAACGCAGGAAGCUGCAGAUUACGAUUCCAUUUUCCUCAUAUUGUUGGAUAACAUGUACAAUUUCACUAAAUGAUACAGUUUUAAACCAAUCGACAUCAUUUUCAUAGAAUAAACUGAGGAUUCAUUUUGCCAAAUUGACUUUGAGAUUAUUUUUUUCCCUGCAGAUUCUUUAUUGUUAUGAAUUAGUAGAAAUACUAUUUACUGUGCCACAUCAUGGACUCAUAUA